AUGCGGGGCCCGCUGGGCACCGAGGAGGAGCUGCCGCGGCUGUUCGCGGACGAGAUGGAGAACGAGGACGAGAUGUCAGAAGAAGAAGAUGGUGGCCUUGAAGGCUUCGAUGACUUUUUCCCGGAGGAGCCCGUGAGCCUCCCCAAGAAGAAAAAGUCCAAGAAGCUCAAGGAGAACAGGUCCAAAGGGAAGAGGAAGAAGAAAGAGGGGAGCAAUGACGAGCUGUCGGAAAAUGAAGAGGAUCUGGAAGAGAAGUCGGAGAGUGAAGGCAGUGACUACUCCCCGAAUAAAAAGAAGAAGAAAAAACUCAAGGACAAGAAGGAGAAAAAAGCUAAACGGAAAAAGAAAGAUGAUGAGGAGGAUGACAAUGAAGAUGGGUGCCUCAAGGAGCCCAAGUCCUCGGGGCAGCUCAUGGCCGAGUGGGGCCUGGACGAUGUGGACUACCUGUUCUCCGAGGCCGACUACCACACGCUGACCAACUACAAAGCCUUCAGCCAGUUCCUCAGACCGCUCAUCGCCAAGAAGAACCCGAAGAUCCCCAUGUCAAAGAUGAUGACUGUCCUGGGUGCCAAGUGGCGGGAAUUCAGUGCCAACAACCCCUUCAAGGGCAGCUCGGCGGCAGCGGCUGCAGCAGCAGUGGCUGCGGCCGUGGAGACGGUCACCAUCGCGCCUCCCCUGGCUAUCAGCCCCCAGCAGGCACCCCAGCCUGUGCCCAUCCGCAAGGCCAAGACCAAAGAGGGCAAGGGGCCUGGAGUGAGGAAGAAGAUCAAAGGCUCCAAGGAUGCGAAGAAAAAGGGCAAAGGGAGAAAGGUGACUGGGCUCAAGUUCCGCUUCGGAGGGGUCGGCAGCAAGAGGAAGAAGGGGUCCUCGAGCGAGGAGGAUGAGCGAGAGGAGUCGGACUUCGACAGCGCCAGCAUCCACAGCUCCUCCAUGCGCUCCGAGUGCUCUGCUGCCCUGGGGAAGAAGAGCAAGAGGAGGCGCAAGAAGAAGAGAAUCGAUGAUGGCGAUGGCUAUGAGACGGACCACCAGGACUACUGUGAGGUGUGCCAGCAGGGUGGGGAGAUCAUUCUGUGUGACACCUGCCCGAGGGCCUACCACCUCGUCUGUCUGGACCCCGAGCUGGAGAAAGCUCCUGAGGGCAAGUGGAGCUGUCCCCACUGUGAGAAGGAAGGGAUCCAGUGGGAGCCGAAGGACGACGACGACGACGAGGACGAGGGCGGCUGCGAGGAGGAGGAGGACGACCACAUGGAGUUCUGCCGCGUGUGCAAGGACGGCGGCGAGCUGCUCUGCUGCGACGCCUGCCCCUCUUCCUACCACCUGCACUGCCUCAACCCGCCGCUGCCCGAGAUCCCAAACGGUGAAUGGCUCUGCCCGCGCUGUACUUGUCCCCCACUGAAGGGCAAAGUCCAGCGGAUCCUGCACUGGCGGUGGACAGAGCCCCCAGCCCCCUUCAUGGUGGGGCUGCCGGGGCCUGAUGUGGACCCUGGUGUACCCCCGCCCAAGCCCCUGGAGGGCAUCCCGGAGAGAGAGUUCUUCGUCAAGUGGGCUGGGCUCUCCUACUGGCACUGCUCCUGGGUGAAGGAGCUCCAGCUGGAGCUCUACCACACAGUGAUGUAUCGCAACUACCAAAGAAAGAACGACAUGGAUGAGCCGCCACCCUUUGACUAUGGCUCUGGCGACGAGGAUGGCAAGAGCGAGAAGAGGAAGAACAAGGACCCUCUCUAUGCCAAGAUGGAGGAGCGCUUCUACCGCUACGGCAUCAAGCCCGAGUGGAUGAUGAUCCACCGCAUCCUGAACCACAGCUUCGAUAAAAAGGGGGACGUACAUUACCUAAUCAAGUGGAAAGACCUGCCCUACGACCAGUGCACCUGGGAGAUUGACGAAAUUGACAUCCCCUACUACGACAGCCUGAAGCAGGCCUACUGGGGCCACAGGGAGCUGAUGCUGGGAGAGGACGCCAGGCUGCCCAAGAGGCUGGUCAAGAAGGGGAAGAAGCUGAAGGAUGACAAACAGGAGAAGCCCCCGGACACACCCAUUGUGGAUCCCACGGUCAAGUUUGACAAACAGCCAUGGUACAUCGACUCCACGGGCGGCACGCUGCACCCGUACCAGCUGGAGGGCCUUAACUGGCUGCGCUUCUCCUGGGCCCAGGGCACUGACACCAUCCUGGCCGACGAGAUGGGUCUGGGCAAGACUGUGCAGACCAUCGUCUUCCUCUAUUCCCUGUACAAGGAGGGGCACUCCAAAGGGCCCUACCUGGUCAGUGCGCCCCUGUCCACCAUCAUCAACUGGGAACGUGAGUUCGAGAUGUGGGCCCCUGACUUCUACGUGGUCACCUACACGGGGGACAAGGAGAGCCGCUCCGUGAUCAGGGAGAACGAGUUUUCCUUUGAGGACAAUGCCAUUCGGAGUGGGAAGAAGGUGUUCCGGAUGAAGAAAGAAGUGCAGAUCAAAUUCCACGUCCUUCUCACCUCCUAUGAGCUCAUCACCAUCGACCAGGCCAUCCUGGGCUCUAUCGAGUGGGCCUGCCUCGUGGUGGAUGAGGCCCACCGGCUCAAGAACAACCAGUCCAAGUUCUUUAGGGUCUUGAACAGCUACAAGAUCGAUUAUAAGCUGCUGCUGACAGGGACCCCUCUUCAGAACAACCUGGAAGAACUGUUCCACCUCCUCAACUUCCUGACUCCAGAGAGGUUCAACAACCUGGAGGGCUUCCUGGAGGAGUUUGCUGACAUCUCCAAGGAAGACCAGAUCAAGAAGCUGCAUGACCUGCUGGGGCCGCACAUGCUGAGGCGGCUCAAGGCUGACGUGUUCAAGAACAUGCCAGCGAAGACUGAGCUGAUUGUCCGUGUGGAGCUGAGCCAGAUGCAGAAGAAGUACUACAAGUUCAUCCUCACACGGAACUUCGAGGCGCUGAACUCCAAGGGGGGUGGGAACCAGGUGUCACUGCUUAACAUCAUGAUGGACCUGAAGAAGUGCUGCAACCACCCCUACCUCUUCCCUGUGGCUGCUGUGGAGGCCCCUGUCCUGCCCAAUGGCUCCUAUGAUGGCAGCUCUCUGGUCAAGUCUUCAGGGAAGCUCAUGCUGCUACAGAAGAUGCUCAAGAAACUGCGGGAUGAAGGGCACCGUGUGCUCAUCUUCUCCCAGAUGACCAAGAUGCUGGACCUCCUGGAGGACUUCCUGGAGUAUGAGGGCUACAAGUAUGAGCGGAUUGACGGUGGCAUCACGGGGGGCCUUCGGCAAGAAGCAAUUGACAGAUUCAAUGCCCCUGGGGCCCAGCAGUUCUGCUUCCUCCUUUCGACCCGGGCAGGUGGCCUGGGGAUCAACCUGGCCACGGCAGACACGGUCAUCAUCUAUGACUCGGACUGGAACCCGCACAAUGACAUCCAGGCCUUCAGCCGUGCCCACCGCAUUGGGCAGAACAAGAAGGUGAUGAUCUACCGCUUCGUGACGCGGGCCUCGGUGGAGGAGCGCAUCACGCAGGUGGCCAAGCGCAAGAUGAUGCUCACCCACCUGGUGGUGCGACCUGGCCUGGGCUCCAAGUCUGGUUCCAUGACCAAGCAGGAGCUGGAUGACAUCCUCAAGUUUGGCACAGAGGAGCUCUUCAAGGAUGACGUGGAGGGUAUGAUGUCUCAGGGCCAGAGACCCGCCACGCCCAUCCCUGAUGUCCAGUCCUCCAAAGGGGGAGCCUUGGCCGCCAGCGCCAAGAAAAAGCAUGGCAGCACUCCUCCAGGUGACAACAAGGACGUGGAGGAUAGCAGUGUGAUCCACUAUGACGAUGCGGCCAUCUCCAAGCUGCUGGACCGGAACCAGGAUGCCACGGACGACACGGAGCUCCAGAACAUGAAUGAAUAUCUGAGCUCCUUCAAGGUGGCACAGUAUGUGGUGCGCGAGGAGGAUGGCGUGGAGGAGGUGGAACGGGAGAUCAUCAAGCAGGAGGAGAACGUGGACCCCGACUACUGGGAGAAGCUGCUGCGGCACCACUACGAGCAGCAGCAGGAGGACCUGGCCCGCAACCUGGGCAAGGGCAAGCGCAUCCGCAAGCAGGUCAACUACAACGACGCCUCCCAGGAGGACCAGGAGUGGCAGGACGAGCUCUCAGACAACCAGUCUGAAUAUUCCAUUGGCUCUGAGGAUGAGGACGAGGACUUUGAGGAAAGGCCGGAAGGGCAGAGUGGACGGCGACAAUCCAGGAGGCAGCUGAAGAGCGACAGGGACAAGCCUCUGCCCCCUCUUCUUGCCCGGGUCGGCGGCAACAUUGAGGUGCUAGGCUUCAACGCCCGCCAGCGGAAGGCCUUUUUGAACGCCAUCAUGCGCUGGGGCAUGCCCCCCCAGGAUGCCUUCAACUCCCACUGGCUGGUGCGGGACCUUCGUGGGAAGAGCGAGAAGGAGUUUAGAGCCUAUGUGUCCCUCUUCAUGCGGCACCUGUGUGAGCCGGGGGCUGACGGCGCGGAGACCUUUGCGGACGGCGUGCCCCGCGAGGGCCUCUCCAGGCAGCACGUGCUCACGCGCAUCGGGGUCAUGUCACUAGUUAGGAAGAAGGUUCAGGAAUUUGAGCACGUCAACGGGAAGUACAGCACCCCGGAUCUGAUCCCCGAGGGGCCUGAGGGCAAGAAGCCGGGUGAAGUCAUCUCCUCGGAUCCCAACACACCAGUGCCCGCCAGCCCUGCCCACCUCCUGCCUGGCCCUCUGGGCCUGCCAGACAAAAUGGAAGCCGCACUAGGCUACAUGGAUGAGAAGGAGGUGGGGGUGCAGAAGCCAAAGAAGCCCCCAGAAAUCCAGGCCCUGCCAACUGCCCUGGACAGAGUGGAGGGAGAGGACAAGCAGGAGAGCUCCGAUGGCAAGGAGAGGGCCCGAGAGGAGCGACUGGAGGAGAUGGAGAAGGCCCAGCUCUCCCCGGAGCAGCUGCCGAAAGAAGAAGUGCUUCCUGAGAAGGAGAAGGUUCUGGACAAGCUGGAACUGAGCUUGAUUCACAGCAGGGGCGACAGCAGCGACUUCAGGCCAGAUGACACCAAAGCUGAGGAGAAGGAGCCUGUUGAGACCCAGCAAAAUGGUGACAAAGAGGAAGAUGAAGAGGGGAAGAAGGAGGACAAGAUCGGGAAGUUCAAGUUUAUGUUCAACAUUGCAGAUGGGGGAUUCACAGAGCUGCACACACUGUGGCAGAAUGAGGAGCGUGCCGCUGUGUCCUCGGGGAAAAUCUACGACAUCUGGCACCGGCGCCACGACUACUGGCUGCUGGCGGGCAUCGUCACGCACGGCUAUGCCCGCUGGCAGGACAUCCAGAACGACCCGAGAUACAUGAUCCUCAACGAGCCCUUCAAGUCUGAGAUCCACAAGGGCAACUACCUGGAGAUGAAGAACAAGUUCCUGGCCCGCAGGUUCAAGCUGCUGGAGCAGGCGCUGGUCAUUGAGGAACAGCUCCGGAGGGCCGCAUACCUCAACAUGACCCAGGACCCCAACCAUCCCGCCAUGGCCCUCAACGCCCGCCUGGCCGAGGUGGAGUGCCUUGCCGAGAGCCACCAGCACCUGUCCAAGGAGUCUCUCGCGGGAAACAAGCCUGCCAAUGCUGUCCUGCACAAGGUCCUGAACCAGCUGGAGGAGCUGCUGAGCGACAUGAAGGCGGACGUGACGCGCCUCCCCUCCAUGCUGUCCCGCAUCCCCCCGGUGGCCGCCCGCCUCCAGAUGUCGGAGCGCAGCAUCCUGAGCCGCCUGACCAACCGAGCCGGCGACCCCACCAUCCAGCAGAUAUCUAGCCGGCCCCGAGACCUCGCUCUGGUGCAGCGCUCCUUCCCAGCGGAGGUGAGGCCUCUCCAGGGGCUCCGCGGUCCCUCUCCCCUCCAUGGCUGCACCAGUCAGUCUCCACUCCCUGCGCUUAUCCGCAGCCCUGAGUCUGGGGUCCUCUGCUGCCUCUUGGGGCUUAAGGGGUCUUGCCCUUCCCCUCUGGGGACCAUCUUGGGGCCGGUGUGUCUUUCCAGGCUUCCAGACACUCCCCUGGGAGGCUGGAAGGUGGGACAUGGGCAGGUACACGUGGGGAUGCUCCAUUGUGUACACGGGUGUGUCUGUGUGCACAUAUGCAGGGUGCGUGCAUGUCCGUGGUAG